CGCGGUCUGCCGGCGCCCCGGCACACACCGAGCGCUGGAGGCUCCGCCGCGCCGCCUGCCAACCCGGGAUCUACCUCCGUGUGUUUUUAGCUCCGGCUUCUUUUUCUUUUUUAAAUUUUUUUUCCUUUCCUCUGCCCGCUGUCUAUUUUCCUCAAUUUUGGAAAAUUCUUGGGGUGCUGGGGGAUUUUGGGAUUUUUUUCUAAGGGAGGGGGGUGUUUGGGCAUCUCCCCCGCGCCUGCUGCCUUGCUCCACCUGCCCUUGCUCCUUUUUUCUUCUUUUCCCGUGUCUGUCUCUCCACCAAACCCGGGCUGAUGUGCUGUGUGAGAGGCUGGAAAUGGAAGUGUUGAUGCUCUGGCUUUUCCCCUGGAUAUUUCAGUGCGUUUCGGUGCGGGCGGACUCCAUCAUCCACAUUGGUGCCAUUUUCGAAGGCAAUGCUGCCAAGGACGACGAAGUGUUCAAGCAGGCGGUGUCGGAUCUGAACCUCAAUGACGAUAUCCUCCAGAGCGAGAAAAUCACUUAUUCCAUCAAGCUUAUAGAGGCCAACAACCCCUUCCAUGCGGUGCAGGAAGCCUGUGACCUGAUGACCCUGGGGAUCUUAGCCUUAGUGACGUCCACUGGUUGUGCCUCGGCCAAUGCUCUGCAGUCCCUGACGGAUGCCAUGCACAUCCCACACCUUUUUGUACAGCGCAACACAGGGGGCUCCCCACGCACAGCCUGCCACCUAAACCCCAGCUUAGAGGAGGAGGAGUACACUCUGGCUGCCCGGCCACCCGUCCGCCUCAACGAUGUUAUGCUGAAACUGGUCACGGAGCUGCGGUGGCAGAAAUUCAUAGUAUUUUAUGACAGCGAUUAUGAUAUUCGUGGUCUACAGGGAUUUCUCGAUCAGGCCUCAAGACUGGGACUUGAUGUAUCAUUACAAAAAGUGGACAGGAACAUCAGCAGAGUCUUUGCCAACCUUUUCACUACCAUGAAAACAGAAGAGCUGAACCGCUACCGGGACACGUUGCGAAGGGCUAUUUUACUUCUAAGUCCACGAGGAGCCCAGACUUUUAUUAAUGAGGCUGUGGAAACCAACCUUGCGUCAAAGGAUAGUCACUGGGUCUAUGUAAAUGAGGAAAUCACUGAUAAUGAAAUAUUAGAGCUGGUGCACAGUGCUCUGGGGAGGAUGACAGUUAUCCGGCAAAUCUUCCCUCUCUCAAGAGACAACAAUCAGAGAUGCAUGAGGAACAAUCACCGAAUAUCAUCGCUGCUUUGUGAUCCGCAAGAAGGCUAUCUUCAGAUGCUGCAGGUUUCCAACCUGUACCUGUAUGACAGUGUGCUCAUGCUGGCCAAUGCUUUCCACAGAAAACUGGAGGACAGGAAAUGGCACAGCAUGGCAAGUUUGAACUGCAUGAGGAAAUCCACCAAACCCUGGAAUGGAGGACGAUCCAUGCUAGAGACUAUUAAGAAGGGCCAUAUAACUGGGCUUACUGGUGUCAUGGAGUUCAGAGAAGAUGGCGCCAACCCCUAUGUUCAAUUUGAAAUACUUGGCACCAGCUACAGCGAAACAUUUGGCAAAGAUGUGCGGAGGUUGGCAACGUGGGACUCUGAGAAAGGACUGAAUGGUAGCCUACAAGAACGACGUCUGGGCAAUGACUUACAAGGAUUGACACUCAAAGUGGUGACUGUCUUGGAAGAACCUUUUGUGAUGGUGGCAGAGAACAUACUUGGGCAACCAAAACGAUAUAAAGGAUUUUCCAUUGAUGUCCUGGACGCACUUGCCAAGAAUCUGGGCUUCAAAUAUGAGAUAUAUCAAGCUCCCGAUGGCAAAUAUGGACAGCAGCUUCAAAACAGCUCCUGGAAUGGCAUGAUUGGAGAACUAAUUAACAAGUGUACCAGGUUAAUAUGGUUUGGAGUUUUAAGCAUCCUACAGAAAAGAGCCGACCUAGCUGUCUCGGCCAUCACUAUAACACCAGAACGAGAGAGUGUUGUGGACUUCAGCAAGCGGUACAUGGACUAUUCUGUGGGAAUCUUAAUCAAAAAGCCUGAAGAGAAAAUCAACAUCUUCUCUCUCUUUGCUCCUUUUGACUUUGCGGUGUGGGCUUGCAUUGCCACGGCCAUCCCUAUAGUUGGCGUCUUGAUAUUCGUCUUGAACAGGAUCCAGGCAGUCAGGGCACAGAGCGCUUCCCAGCCAAGCCCUUCCACUUCCUCCACCCUCCACAGUGCCAUCUGGGUGGUGUAUGGGGCCUUUGUUCAGCAAGGAGGUGAAUCUACUGCUAAUUCUGUGGCUAUGCGCAUUGUAAUGGGGAGCUGGUGGCUCUUCACCCUUAUUGUGUGCUCUUCCUACACAGCGAAUUUAGCGGCAUUUCUCACAGUAUCAAGGAUGGAUAAUCCCAUAAGAACAUUUCAGGAUCUGUCCAAACAAAUGGAUAUAUCUUAUGGUACAGUCAGGGAUUCAGCAGUGUAUGAAUACUUCAAAGCGAAAGGGACCAAUCCGUUGGAGCAGGAUAACACAUUUGCUGAACUGUGGAGGACUAUCAGUAAGAACAAUGGAGCAGAUAAUUGUGUAUCGAACCCUUCUGAAGGUAUCAGGAAGGCAAAGAAAGGAAAUUAUGCUUUCCUGUGGGAUGUGACGGUGGUGGAAUAUGCUGCGCUGACAGAUGAUGAAUGUUCUGUGACAGUCAUUGGGAAUAGCAUCAGCAGUAAAGGAUAUGGCAUAGCACUCCAACAUGGAAGCCCCUACAGAGAUCUUUUCUCCCAGAGGAUCCUAGAGUUGCAAGAAAGUGGAGAUUUGGAUGUUCUUAAACAGAAAUGGUGGCCACGGAUGGGACGUUGUGACCUGAAUAGCCAUACCAAUGCACAGACAGAUGGGAAGGCACUCAAGCUUCACAGUUUUGCAGGCGUUUUCUGCAUUUUAGCAAUAGGCCUUCUUCUUGCUUGCUUGGUGGCAGCAUUGGAGUUGUGGUGGAACAGCAACCGUUGUCAUCAAGAGACACCGAAAGAGAUACAGCAUGGGCAGCAGCAGUGCAAACUUCCCCACAUUGCCCCACCAAUGUGCCUCAACCCUGACCUGGAGAGACCACCUUUAGGGGACAAAGAAGUGAACCUGGAGCAGGUCCACAGACGCAUGAACAGUUUAAUUGAUGAGGAUAUAGCCCACAAGCAAAUCUCUCCAGCAUCCAUUGAAAUCUCAGCCUUGGAGAUUGGUGGCAUGCAGCCAGCUCAGACCCUGGAGCCGGUACGCGAAUACCAGAACACACAACUUUCUGUCACCACAUUUUUACCAGAACAGACAACUCAUGGUGCCAGCAGGACACUCACAGCUGCCUCUGGCAGCAACCUGCCACUGCCCCUGAGCAGCUCAGCCACCAUGCCCUCCAUACAGUGUAAACACAGGUCACCAAAUGGAGGACUAUUUCGUCAGAGUCCUGUGAAAACCCCGAUCCCAAUGUCUUUUCAGUCUGUGCCGGGGGGAGUCAUUCCAGAAGCAAUGGAGCCAUCGCAUGGAACAUCCAUAUGAUGAAAACAAACAGUAAAACAACCAGCAGAGCUUUUUAAUACAAAAUUUAAAAGGAAAAAAAAACAGAACAGACUCUUACAUUUUUCUUGUAUAUAACUGUAAAUAAUGAAAGAAUGAAGUGGGGUUAAAAGUGUAUUUUGAAUAUUCCCAAUUUUCAAAGUCAGUAAAAAAAAAAACAAACAAAACAACAAAAACAAAAAAAAAAAGAGAAAAUGUAUGAAAGACUUUGUAAAUUUUGUUCUAUAUGAAUAAAAAGGCAAACUACUUGUGAUCGUUCUCAAGUGCCAAAGAAGACCAGUUACUGGGACUGAGGGACAUACUUUUUUUCCCCCCCGCCAUGUAUUUCAACACUUACUUCCUUGCUGGUGUGGUUGUUUAUGCUUUGGUUGGUUUUGCUUUGUUUGUUUGUUUGUUUUAAGAGCAAAACAGUUACCUGUUUCUUGCUAGAAAAGUUCACCAUGUUCAGAUCUCUCCUUUCCCCAGGACCCUUACUUUAUAGUCAAGAUGGCAGUUCACUCAGAGAAUUUAACAGCCCCUACUAGCAUUGCAGUAACAAAUGUUUUAAAUGUGAAUUAUAACUAAAAUCCAACAAAAAAAUAUAUAGAAAAGGAAAAGAAAAAAGUUUUUUUUUCCCCCUCUUCUAACAAGGAUUUAAAAUUCCACACAGUUUCUAAGUUUAAGCACGGGAUUAUUGAGUUGUGUUUCUACAUGUCUGCUGCACUGUGUUGGUCUUUUUGUUUAGGCUUUCUGUGUUUUGUUACAUAUAUAUAUAAUAGAUAUCUAUUAUAUAUAUGACAUAUAUAUUGCACAUAUAAAUGCUUUGAGACACAACAGGGUUUAGCUUAAAGAGGAAGCUUUUAAGAAAAACUGAUCAGCAUUUUGUGUUUUUGUGUCUGUUGUGCAUGACUGAAAAUGGGAGGGGGAACCAACGUCUGAGAGGAGUGAGAAAAGGAAGAGCUUUAACAGGCAGGAGAUAAUGACAUUGCAGUGUCUGUGCCCUCUGGUGCCAUUUCUUUCUUUAAGAUUUCAAGGAAUUUGCUGCAUAAUGGAUUGUCUGUUGAAGUCAUAUCCCUGAAUGACAAGGCUAAGCUCACGACUAUAAGCACAGCUCUGCUUUUUUCCCCUUUGAUUUUGUAAAGAGAAACAUUUUAAUGGUCACAUCUGUAAUCUUAGCAGAAAUAGUUGUGAAAUGCUUUUUUCCCCUUUUUUUUUUCCUGCCUGUGGAACACAAUCAGGAGACAAUGACAGAGAAACACAUACAGCGAAGUUAAUGUCUUGUUCUGCAAAUAUUACCAGUGCAAUUUCCUAUGACAGGGAAAAGGAAAAAAAAGGGAGGAGCAAAAUAAAACUAAACCACAUUGUUUCCUCCCCAAAUAGCAUGCCCAGGAUAACUGAUCCCUGCCUGCCCCACCUGCUGUUGCUAAUGGACCAUCACUACCUUUCAGAACUGUGAUAAUUUAGUGUCUUCUCAAACGUAUCCCUCUACCUAGGCUAUAAUUUCCUUUUGUAUCUGGAUUUCUUCACUUUAUUAGAACACUGCUACUUGGAAACGCUGUAGAUCUCGGUGCAGCAAAAUCACUGCCUACACGAAGGCGAGAAAUGAUGUUUGAACAGAGGUGAAAAUGCAUUCGCAGCCCAGGAAAGUCAGCAGGCAAUCCGAGUCGGGUUUUUGGAUAAAUAAACAUUCCAUUGACAGCAUCUAAUUUGAUUUGCAUAAUUAUGCAGCAGGUAUGUUUCUGGGAUUCAGAAAUCUCUGAAUUUUUAUAGUUCUGUUUUAAGCUGUAGGGAAGAGAAGUCAAACUGUGAUACAGACCCAGCCUAAUGGAAGAGCAUACUCAGCAUCCUGCUUUUUUAAAUGAGGAAAAUUGAUGGUGUGCUUGCAGGAGGAGUACUCUUGCAGGGAUUAAUUUGUCUCUGUAGUCAAGCUGCUUCCUUGUGAAGACAGCAUGAUUUUGCAGCUUGGCACAAAUGGCACUAUUUGCUUCAAACUAAUUAAAAAUGAAUAAUGCUCCAGUCAGCUGACUAGAUUUAUCCUAUUUAGAGACCAGCCCCCCACAAGUUUGGCAGUUUUUUCUUUCUUCUUUUGGCAUACUUAUUUCUUAUCAUUACCUUAACAAAUCUAUGGUCAUAGGGAAAAAAAAACCACAACAAACAUUUCUUACUCUGAUUUUUUCCCACCUUAGAGUAAGACACUAAUUAAUUAUUGCAGAAAUAGCUGUGCAAAAAGACUCUGCACAUCUAGGUAUCUCUAAAGACACUUAGAACAAAGUGUGUAACUCUUUGCUUUGGAAAUAUCCCUGAUUUUUUUAUUACCAGUUCGAGACUUUUGUAGCAACAGAGGAACAUGAUCCAGAAGUGGAAGAAGAUGCUUAUGUAGCUACAAGGGUACAAUCUGCAAGCUAAAGCCUGGCUACCGUGAGUACUCCCUCCUCAGUGGUAUCAGAGCAAGGAGGGCAUCGCCCUUUGUGCUGAGCGUCCUCCAGAGUGCAGUGGAGUGGGCAGCUCACUUGGCCACCUUGGCUGCAGAGGGCUGCCCAGCCACAGCCUCCUUUCUGGAUAGUCAAACGCCACGGUAAGAUGCUGGCUCUGCACCAAUAUUGUAGCAAACAAGCUCAGGGGAGGUUGUCUGAGUUGCUCCCUGCUGUUUCCCCACAAAGCAUGCUAUUUAUUUGCUGCAGCAAACCUCAGAGCAGGGGAUUGCAAACAUCCUUUACUGAGCCAUCAUUGCUUUCAUAAAGAAUAUUAGGUCUUUUUUUUUCAUGUUACAGUCUAAAUCACUCUACUGAAUAAACUGCACUGCAUUUGUGGACUAAAUCGCAAAUACAGUUUAUUUUGGGGAUUAACUUUGAAAUUCUCCACAGUCAUUGUUCUUCUCCUGGUUUAGUCUUGCCACAUGCUGGGAUGUUUGGAAGUGUGGUUUAACUUAAACUCUUUUGGACCUCACUGAUUCUUAUGCAUAGUCUGUGACUCACCUGUUUGAAUACUCUGUAGGACUACAUCUGAAAUGCCUGGAAUCUUGCAAAAGCCACACACUCCUUUUUCAGACAAAUAUUUAAGCAUGUGUGCAAGCCCUAUAGAAAGCAGCUGCUUUAUGCACAGGUGGAAGUACUUUGCUGAUUAAUGAUGGAGUUAAAAUGCACCUCUCAAUUUAAAUACAUGGCUAAUUUUAAGCAGGUGGGCAGGCUCAUCAAACUCAGCUGUCUAAAGGUAACCAUCUUGAGUGCUUUGCUGCACCAGGGUCUAUACGGUAAAAGUAGGAACCUACAAUGGAUCUGUCACUGUCUAGCAAUUAUUUGUUUAUAUUAAAAUCAGCAAUUCAUAGCUUGAGCUUGUUAAUCAUGACAGGAAGCCGUUAAAGAUUUCAUGUGAUGGUGGCUUGGGUUUAGAUUAUUUAAAUGCAUCACCAGGUUCUCUUCUAGCAUAAUCAAGCUUUCUUUCCCCAUAACUUUCAGUUUUCAAAGUAAAUGCAGAGUGUAUGAUUUCCAUAUCCUGUCUCCUGUUGUAUAUUUAUAUCUUCAUUUUGACAGUUCAAAGCAUUCACUUUCUAUAUAAUAUGUAUACACCAGACACUUAUGCAUAUAUAUAUACUCAUACAUGCACAGUUACCCACAGAAGAAGUGAGAAAUAUAAUUUCCAUGUGAUGUGAAUGAGCAUAAGCUCCAAACUGUCAAAGAGCUGUGCUUGUUUACACCACCUGCAGAUUUGACCCUUCACUUUUAAUACAUGGAAAGUAAAAGUAGGAAAAAACCUACAUAAGUUCCUGAAAACUUUGAAGACCAGAUUGUGCCCUUGAUUUUCAAAAGGAAACUGUCCCGAGUGUGCAUAAAAAAAGGGAAUAAGGUAUCAUCUCAAAUAUUCCAGCUCCUCCAGAAGUUUCAACUGCAAAGGUGGCUGUACAUGAUAUGGAAUUCGAGUGCCUAUACUUUCCUUUUAUUGUGCUCUUCUGCUGAUGAACUUUCGCGGGUGGCACAGCACUUGUCGUGUGUCUUGUUCUCUUGACCCAUUAGUUUUAGAAAUGACUUUAUUUUCAUUCAAAAAUGUGACUCCGUUUCUUCUAUUUGCUUGAAACCCAUGGGCAAUAUGCUUACAGUCUGAAGAAUGCAUUGCUCUUAUUUCUUAGUAUGUCAUAUUUUCCUAAUGCAAUGGAAAAAAAAACCAAAUGUGCGUUUAAUUUCAGAGCUGAAACUUGAUAGAACAUUUUUAUGCUAAGUUACAACUACAUGUGUGCAAUAUUUGUCUUGCAUAGUGAAAUUCCCAGUAUCUGCCUUGCUUUGAUAAUCAUUUCUGCACUGUGGAUGAAGUCUCAGCAAAGCAACUCACUUUCUCUUAAUCUGCUGAUAAAAUAAAACACUUAAACCUGGGUUCUCACCUGUGUAAAUCAGCAUCCCUCCAGGGUGAAAGGGUGGAGCAUACUGAGUAGGAGAAGAUUUGGAUCUUAAUGUUAGACUUGAGAGCACUGCUUCCCAGAAAAUUAUAUCCAGCAGUAGCUCUGAAAAGAAAAAUAUUUUGAGAGUCUCAAAAAUGAACCUGAAAGAGGAACAGUAUGAGCACUUAACAUGGAUGCGAGUUAAAGCUAUAUUCUCAAACAACUUAGAGAAUAAAUUUCUUCUUAAAGUCCCUUUCCUCUAAGACAGGUUAAAAGCUGUUGGCGUGGUGGCAAGUGGAGCAUUCCUUUCAGAGGAAAUCACAUUACUGGAGCAGCACAGCAACCACAGUGCUUAGAUCUUUUGAUUUGAUUUGGUUUUGAUUUACUGCCUUGAACUUCUAUUGUGAGCAGCUAAAGAAUGACAUAGAUCUAAACAGAUUUAGGGCACUCUGUGUGAAAAUUUCCCCCCCAAAAUCCACAUCCUUUGGCAACUCUGGGGAGGGAAAAAAAAAAAGGAAGAAGAAAGUUAGAAGAAAACUCUGAAGAGAAACAAAAGUCAAGCUGGGGAAAAUGAGCUCCAAUUGGUGAGAUGCACUUAGGCCAGGUGUGAGCUGUUUGCUGAGUAACGCUCCCAGGUUUGCAGCUGAGGGGCAUCAGCCUCACUCGGCUGCUCAUGAACCUUUGACCUGCCUGUGUAAGAGGCACGUCUGAGCAGCGUCAGCCACGUUUCUGGACUCCUGGGGAAAAGCUGCUGCUUUGGUGGUGUGUGUGCCGACGGGAAGCGACACAGAGGCUGGACUUCUCCAAGCUUUCAGACCUUGGUCCCCUCUUAAAUGAAGAACGCUCUUCUAAUUUUUCUACAGCAUCUCCAUUUAUCUUUAGGAGCAGAGUGAGCAAGACACUGAUUCGAAGUGGUCUUUCUCCAGCACAGAGAGAUGAGACUCCAGUCAGGGUGCUCCAGAGGUCCUUCAGCUCUGAUCUUGAGUCUCUUGUCAUGUGCUUCUAAAGACUCUAAGAGGAGAGCUACUGUGAUCUACUUUUAAAGCAACCAUGGACCUUGUAGCAGGGAUAAAGCUGAGUUCUGGCUGAUUAACCCUGGACCAUGGGAGCUGCACUGUGUGAUGGAUGGAUCCAGCUGGUGCCUGUCAGAGUCUCUGAAUUAUUUGGUCCCCUACAAAUCUGGGUCCCUUCCUGACUUCAGGAUUCCCACGGCACCAAGCCCCAAGCAAACCUUCAGGCAUGUGGCUUAAUCUAAAGAGACAAGAUGGGGAAGAAUUACUGUUACACUCGAGAUGGAAAUAUGAGGCAAGGGUAAGUAAAUCUGUGGUUUAAAGCAUCAUUUGGCUCUUAGUUUUACCUGAGGUGAUAUAUGAAGCCUAGGACAGAGAAGGGAGAUGAACCUUAACCUUUCAUUCAAGUGCAUUUAACCAUAAAACUGUCAUUUGUCAUAGCAUGCAUGAUGAAUGCACAAAUACAACUGCUUUCUACAUUGCUCCUCAUGGAAGAUUUUACAGUCAUGACACUGUACAGGGAUCAACUGGCUUGAUUUAGUUCCCUACAUCUGUUGUAUAGCCUCCUCAACACCGUGAGGAACCAGCCCUCAAGGCUGACAUGCCUCUUCUGAGACACUGUAAAAAUGCACAUAUUUGCCUUUCGAAAGCUUUGCGGCGGGAGCAUGCCAGGGCCAGUGAGAUAGAGAAAUAUUUUGAAACCACUUUCUGAAAGUCUUUCACUGCACUAUUCAAAAGCUCUCUGAAGAAGUUAGACAAUCUACGAUGACUGCAAUCAAGAAACUAAAUUAAAGCCUAUGCAAUAUUAAAAAAUCAAGACACCAAAUCAAAACAGUUGCCUAAGGAAGGAUUUCUGCCUCUGAGCUUUGUGUGUUUCAGACUGGAUACAACUCAAGCCAAAUGUCUCAAAAUAGCUCAAGCCUCAGUAGACUUUACUGAAUAACUAUUAUCAUAAUAUUCCUGUAACUUACCUCUUUCUGGCCUUUAGCCCAAUACUAAUGUGACAUUCUGAGCUUCCUGAAGUCAGUGAAAAACUUCCACUAAGUUCAGUGGGCCAAUAGCUGGGCCCUUGAUGGAUGCCCUCGCUUGUUUCACAUGUCUUGGAAGGUGCUUUACAGUGGGCUCCUUCCAGGAGCUUGAAUGUGCCAUCUUGUAUUUACCCCAUAAACACAGAGUUAACCAAAA